AUGUGUUAAAAGAACUGUGAAAUUGCUAAUGCAUUUUUCAAUGUAAAAAUUUAUUUUUAAUCAUUAACAAAUCAAUCUGAUAAAUUUUUAUACAAAUUUAUAAAACUCCACUUUUUACCUGUACAUCUCAUGGAUUACAACGACAGGUUUUUAUAUGACCUUGUUUUAAAAGAUAAUAACAUCGAAUUGCUUCGAAAGGAAUUGGCCAAAGGGAAGGAUCCAAAUCUCACAGAUUCUAGCGGGGAAACACUACUUCAUAUAGCAGCGAAAGGUAUCUUCGAUAACCCAGGAAUUGUGCAGGAGUUAAUUAACGCUGGUGCUGAUGUAUGUGGAUUGGACCGCUACUUCUCCACACCUCUGCAUUUUGCAGUUAUAUGUGGAAAACGCAAAGUUGUCGAUGUACUUCUACAAACGGAUGUUUCCAUCAACCAGAAGAAUCAACACGGAAUGACAGCUUUGCAUUAUGCUGUCAAUAAAAAUGCUAGCCCUAAAUCCAAUAUCCCUGGGCUAGCUGUUGAUAUGUAUAUAAUUAAAAAGCUGUUGGACCAUAGACUCAUAAAUGUGGACGCAACUGAUAGUUACCACCAAACGCCACUUAUAUUGGCUAUUAAAAAUGAUCAUUUAGAAAUUGUAAAGAUGUUGCUCAAUAAGAAUGCGAGUGUAGAUACUUCAGACUCUUUCGGACUUGCACCUUUGCAUCAUGCCCUGUUUUAUCGUAAUCACCGCAUUGUAGUCACCCUACUUCUGAAAAAAGCCAAUCUUCUUACAAUGGCUAGAGACGGUCAGACUCCAUUGGAUAUUAUCACAAAUUUGGAAUGGGAUGAAUUUGCGCGCACAUGUUUAAAAGUAAUCGCAUCUAAUUAUAGUUUUAAGGAACUGUUGACAAAUAAAUUAAUAAAAUCUCCUGAGUUUUGGCAAUUUCUGAACAAAUGCUGGAACGAGAUUGACUACAUGAAAAGCGAUGUUAUUGCGAAUGAGUUGACAGUUUUUGAUUUUUUCAGUAAAUGUGCUGCUAAACCUGGAUUUGAUGAUCCGAUAUUACAGAUUUAUAAACCUGUUGUUGAAAAGUUACUCACUGGAAACUAUCCGGAAUAUCUGAGUUAUAUAUUUAACCGCAUGUCGAAGUCAACAAUGUAUUUAGUAUUAGAAGUCUACAUUAAUGAGAAAUAUUGUAAUAAGCCUUGUAGAAUGGAAUAUUUUACAGAAUUUUCGAAAAUUAUUAAGAUUGGUCUGCUGUGUGAGUAUUUAUCAAAUGAGGACAUCUUUUGUUUAAUUGUAGCAUUUACUGAGACAAAGAAAAGUGAAUAUUUGCUAGAUUUUCAUGAGCAUGAGUGGUAUUUGAAUGAUUUAUGGGCUGUUUUUCCUGAUAAACAUUUUUUUUAAAAUUUUAAUAUCAAUUGUCAUUU